AUGAGUGGACAGACAAAGAGAGAUGCUGCUGAAGCUUUUGGGCAACAACUGCCAGCCUUAGGGGACUUGAACUUGGCGGAACUCACGGCCGUGGCGCCCGUGGAUGGCCGUUACAGGAAGAACACCAAAGGCUUGGCCGAGUACUUCUCUGAGUACGGCCUGAUCCGCUACCGAGUUCAUGUGGAGAUCGAGUACUUCCUGGCCCUCAUGGCCACACUGCCCAUGGGCCAAGAUCUUCCAUCCACCGCCCAAGCGCAGCUGCGGGAGAUCCCGGCUAAGUUGACCUUGGAGAACGCCCAGGAGAUCAAAGACACCGAGAAGGUGACCAACCACGAUGUGAAGGCCGUGGAGUACUUCAUCAAGAAACGUUUUGACGAGCUCGGCUUGGAGAAAUACAAGGAGUGGGUUCACUUUGCACUGACGAGCCAGGAUAUCAACAAUACGGCCACGCCCAUGCUGAUGCGCGAUGCCAUCCACAGAAGUUACAUCCCUUCCAUGGAGGCGUUGGUGGAAACUCUGCGAGGCAAACUUCCGGACUGGGACAUGCCGAUGCUGGCGAAGACCCAUGGCCAACCCGCUUCUCCCACCAACUUGGCCAAGGAAUUCAAGGUGUUCCUUGAACGCAUCGAAAGCCAGCUGAAGUUGCUGAAACAGGUUCCACAUAGCUGUAAGUUUGGUGGCGCCACAGGCAACAUGAAUGCACACUUGGUCACCUUCCCAGAGGUAGACUGGCGAUCCUUUGCCAACAAGUUCUGCACCGAACACUUGGGAUUGGAGAGACAGCAGUACACCACCCAGAUUGAGCAUUACGACAACAUGGGUGCCAUCUUUGACGGCAUCAAGCGCUUGAACACCAUCCUGCUGGAUCUCUGUAAAGAUGUGUGGAUGUACGUCUCCAUGGAGUACUUCAAGCAGAAGAUCGUGGCGGGUGAGGUGGGCUCCAGCGCCAUGCCGCACAAGGUGAACCCGAUCGAUUUCGAAAAUGCCGAGGGUAACCUGGGCUUUGCCAAUGCCAUGUUGGAACACCUGGCGCAGAAGCUCCCGGUGAGUCGUUUGCAACGCGACCUCACGGACUCCACGGUGCUGAGAAAUGUGGGACUUCCCUUGGCGCACACGGCCAUCGCCCUGGCCUCCAUCCAGCGGGGCCUCGGAAAGCUGCUGGUGAACAAGGCGGCCGUGGAAGCGGACUUGGAAAGCAAUUGGGCCGUCGUGGCAGAGGCGAUUCAGAGCAUCCUGAGACGCGAGGGAUAUCCCAAGCCCUACGAAGCCCUGAGAGAUUUGACGCGAACCAAUGAAGCCAUGACCAAAGAGCGAAUCCACAAUUUUGUGGACACCUUGAAAGUGGACGACAAGAUCAAAACUGAGCUCAAGAAAGCCAGCGACCUGCAGAGUGCCUCAUCACAAUUUCUGGUGCGGCAGAAGGAACCGCAGAGGUCUCGAGCUUCAUCUGCCACCAAGGAGCGUCGUUCUCGACCAAAUCUGCAGCGCUUUGGAGAACUGUUGCAAGCAGGCAGUAUCCCCAACAGCGUUCUCACGCCCUUAGACCUUUCGAUCCUGCUCAUUGCGCCGGAUGCAGCGUCUGAAAGCUUGCUGCAACGCACGCUGUCCAGCCUCUCUGAGACCCAGGGGUUCGCGGCUUCCACAGUGCUGUUGGCGCACAGUCAACCGAAGCUCUUCAUUGCACAGCUGGCGGAGCACUUCCAAGUGCAACGAUUGCAGGUGGACAUUGACAAACGCAUCAAGCGCGACUCAGAUCGGCUCUCUGCCCUGUACAAGGCGGCCUUUGAAGGUUUCCCAAAGACCAAUCUUCCAAAGGUUCGUUUUGUCUUGGUUUUGGCCAUAGGUGACCUCUUAGCUCCGGAUGCCUUGUGGUACUUUUCACAGCUGGCAGAUGUGCUCCAACGCGACGACAGUCUCUUGGCGGCGAACGGUUGGAAUGACCAGGCUUUGGCGCCCUAUGCCGCAGACCCGACGGUGGUGCUGCGAACCGACUGGUUCAGUGGCUCGGGCUGGUUGGCCACACAUGAAGCGAUGCAGGAGAUGUUAUCCCAAUGGCAUUUGGGUAGUCCCUGGGACGCCAUGUUCCGCGACGAGCGCCUGAGGAGGAAACGCCAGUUUCUGACACCGGAGGUGUCACGUGUGAUCCCCGACCGCGGCUGGGUUCUGGACGACGGAGCGACCGGGCAUCACAGUGCCGCCCGCGCAAGGUUGGAUCCCCACCUCUUUGCGCAGACUCCUCUGUGCGAUGUUCCUGUUGUGGACUUGGGAGCUUUGGAGCGGCUGAUGGAAGAGCCGUACAAACGGCUCUUCUUCAUUGACUGGCCGGGCGAAGGGUUGUUGAAGACUAAGCUCCUGAGCUCCUUACAGAGCUUGUUGGAGGGCAAGGUCAACUCAGGGGGACCUUUCCGUUUGGUCUAUCGCAAUUUGGAUCCCGAGAGUGACACGACAUGGAAAGGAGUGGCGCAGUUUUUCAACCUAUGGCCUGACUUGCCCAUGCGUGGCGCGUACUACGGCAUCGUGCGCUUGCGUUGGAGAGACACCGUGCUAUACCUGGUGCCCAAUUCCUCACCUUUGUGCCGUGGUGAAGUGAGGGAGGCCUUGUUACGUCCAGAGGAGGAUGCGGUGACUGGCUCUGUGCUGCCACCCACGGCCAGUCAAAUCCUGGAUCCCAUGCUGUUCCCAUUGGCCUCUCAUCCCUUGCUGGUUCCAGCCUCUUCAGAGUUGCUGCCUGCGGACUUUCCAGGCACCUCCUGCAGUUUCGUUUGCGAGGAAGCGGGCCUCCGCUGCCAUCCGGAGGAUUUAGCCUUCAUCAACAACUGCGCCGCCUUAGCCUCGCUGGGCUGCAGGCGCUGCGAAGCGGACCAGGGACCAGAUCAACCGGCACAGGAGUUACAAGGUCCCAAGGCGGGGAGAUGUUUGUACAACGGCAACCUGGGCUGGGACACCUGGUGGGACGCCUGGAGCAUCCUGGAGCGGGAAAGCCAUGGGGAGGCGGAGCACUGCGGUGCAUCCAGCGGCAUUGGGACUAUGGAAAAUGAGACAGGUGAGCAGGACGUCCUUCCAGACGUACGUGAGUGGACGAGUGACGGGGGCGAACACGCUCAAGCUGCGCAGUCAACCACGGCUGCCGAAAGGGAGCACUCUCAGGGUGCUGUGACUCAACCAAGGUGGACAGAAGAAGAGUGGAGACGAUGGAAUCAGUGGCAUGGGGGCUGGAGUAGGUCUUGGAACUACUCUACGACGUGGGAGAGCCAGGACAGUCACAAAGCAGAAACGACUGAGGCUAGAGGGACAUCAGUCAACCCUGCUCCAGUGGCUGCCUUAGAUUCCAGAGGUCUAGAUCCUCUUCAAGCAGCUGAUCCUUGGAGUAGAACGUGGCAAACGUCACGGAAUCAGUCUAAGAAGGAUGACUGGUGGGGGUCAACCAAAGGUGACUACUCAGAACCGCCCAUAUGGGCUGGCUGGCAGCACUACCGGCUGUGGCGACGUGCUUUGACCAGAUGGAAUGGCAACACUGACGUUGCACUUCACAGGCGAGCUGAGAAGGUCCUCAAGAACAUGGAAUGGGAGCUGCAGGCCAAGUUAGAGCACAUCACCGAGGAGGAGUUGGCUUCUCAUGACUACUUGUCUGCCAUUCUUGGUGUUCUUGACGUCUUGGCGGGUGAACGGCAAGACUCUGAGAAGAGACGCUCCAUCAGAGCGGCCUUGUAUGAGGGCAACAGGCAUCAAGGCGAGAGCCUCGCGCAGUACUCACUCAGGCGAGAGAGCCAAUUUGCCUCAGCCUCUCGCUACAUGUCUCUCCCAGACGAGCUGCGAGCCUUCAUGCUGGAGGAGCAGGCGGGUUUGAGCAAGCAGGGCAUUCAGAAUCUCAGAGUCCUGACAGAGGGCAAGCACGAAUAUGGCAGAGUGAAGAAGGCCUUGCAGGUUCUUGACACUGAGGAGGAGUCGCUGUUCAAGUCCACGAAGGCCUCUUAUCUAACUGCUGAACCUUUAGGAGAUGGUCAAGAUGCCGAGUCGGGUUCCGACUCAGAGUCCUGCAGUUUGGACGAGGAGUCCUUUUUGGCAAUCGCUGAGAAGGAUCUCACGGAAGACGAGGCUAUGAACUUCCUGAUGCAGAAUGCUUUCCGACGAAGGACAUGGAGCGAGAACAAGCAGCUCAAGGCAGCGAGGAAGAAAGACAGAAGGCACUUCGAUGACAAGCAGAGCCGACCAACCAAACCUCAAGGGCAUCGGCAUCUUCCCAUUGCAGAGCUGAAGAAGAUCACCAGGUGCAGCAAUUGUGGUGAGAAGGGACACUGGAAGGAAGACUGUGUCAAGCCCUAUCGCUCAAAGUCUUCUCGAGAAAAGACGGAGAAGUCCUCGGGCAAUGCAUUUGUCUUCAUGGGUUCCUCAAGCAGCAGCAGCUUUUGCGUUUUGGCUGAGAGUGGCUUAGAAGUUUUUCUCACACUUCCACCGGGUCAUGCAAUCAUUGAUCCAGGUGCUUCACAGGAUUUGAUAGGGCUGAAGAGCUUUGAGAGGCUGACUGAGAGCCUGGGUCACAACGGCCUGAAGCCGAUCAAGCUGGAUGAGGUUCCAGCCCCAGCCAGCGGAAUUGGACUCUUAGAGCAUGCUGGAGCGAUCAUUGACGUUCCGCGAAAUCAAAUUCGGUUUCAGAAUUUUGGCACCUCAGCUGACAUGAAUCGUCUUAGCUCAGGGCACAGAACCCUGGACAUAUCUUCUUGGAAUGGAGAACCAUUUCCGGUUCCUCAGCAGCUGAGAGAUCAGUUUCAGCUUUCAGCCGAUGCUUUCAACUUAGCCGACGCGCAAGUGUCCCGAGAUUAUGCGGCGUUUUCCUGUCAUGAGCAUGCAGUGGAGUUGUCGGUUCAUGAGGACCGGCGAGAGAAGGCUCAAUCGGUGUGGUUCGGCAUGACGAGGCGGCUUCUGACGCAACGGAGGGGGCCAACCAACCUGGAUCUUCCAUUGGCAUUUCCACAGAUGCCGUUGUGCGAAGAGGGUGUGACAAUUCCGGCACCACCGCCCAAGGUGUGCCAUCAUCCAGUGGAUCUCAUGGUCAAGGGCGGCAAUCAACAUGGCUCUUGGAAGACAUGUGGCCUUUGCAACAAGCAAAUGAUCUUCAAGAAGUGGGGACCAAGCAAUCCUCGUCCGAGUCAACGAGGGACCAAGAAGCCCAAGAACGUCACCGUGCAGACUUAUGUGAGCACUGGGCCAGCAGCAGUGAUCCAGCGCUCAGCACCAGCGCUGAGCUCAGAAGAGCACAUCACAACGCAAGACGUGCAAGUCUUGAUCACGCAGCAGACGGAUCAGCUGGCUCAGUCGACUGCCGGCAUGGUCUCGCAGGCGAUGGGCCCUAUGAUGGAGACAAUGCAGCAGAUGGCAGCCAGUCAUCAGCAACUUCAGACUAUGGUUCAGGGUCAGCAACAGCUGAUCGGGCUCCUCCUUCAGCAGCGGGGAGAUCAGAUGCCACUUCCAACUCAAGGAUAUCAAGUUCCAGUGGAGAUUCCCUCGGGCGAGGAGCUGAUGGAAGCUCCUGCUGGAGACCAGUGGGAGAUGCCUCGUAGUCAGUUCGGCAUGGAGGGUGAUGAGCGAUUGCAGAGGUUUCGUAAGUGCCUCAAUGACAAGAAGACCUACAAGAUUUUGGAGUUGUUCUCUCCUCCUCGAAUCACCGAACGUGCAAGACAAGUGGGCUUUUCCACAACCAGUCCAGCGGCUUUUGAUAUGAAGACGGGCUGGAAUGUGUUGGAUGCCAAGGACAGAGCUGAGUUUUGGAGAGUAGUACAUGAUCAGAAACCAGACUGCAUUCUCAUGACGCCAGAUUGUCGUCCUUUCUCUUCCAUGAUGCAGUCAAACUGGUCUAGAAUGACAGAACCGGAAGUUCAGCGAAUUCAGCAGGAGGGACUCAUCAUGUGGCAUUUCUGUGUUCAGGUCGCUGAGCAUCAGAUUUCUCAGAACAAGGAGUUUUGUAUUGAACAACCAGGCUUUGCCAGCAGUGCACAGACUCAUGCCACAAAAUGGCUGCUUCAACAACCAGGCGUCAUACGUUUUCUCUUUGACCAGUGCAUGACAGGCUUGAAGGUGAAAGGAGAUGAGCUGUCUCGAAAAACUACGGCUCUCACGACCAAUCAUCUUGGUUUGGCUGCCGUGUUCUCUUCUCUGCAGUGCCCUGGCGAUCACAGUCAUGUUCCACUAGAAGGGGGACUUCCUGCCAAGGCAGCCAUAUUCGGUGCCCAGCUGAUCGAAAACUUCAUCCGAGGUCUGUCUUUUAGACCAGAGCUCUCCUUCUACGGGGACGAUGAGGAAGAAGAGGGCGAUCUGGAGAAUGCUCUGGACGCGGAGAUUGAAGCUUCAGGUGCUAGAGAGCCACCUGCCAGAAGAGCACAUCAGGAGUCAGCAGAGAGACUGACCAGUGAGCAGAAGAAGAAGGUAAACCAGGUCCAUCUGAAUUUAGGCCAUCUCUCCAGGGAGCAAAUGUUGUCCUUGUUCAAAGCUGCCGGUGCGAAGGAGGCUGUAAUGAGAUACCUCAAGGAAGAGUACAGCUGCGAGCACUGCAUGCGGCAACGGCGCCCCAUUGACAGAAAGAAGGCCACCAUGCAGAGGACUUUCGCUUUCAACCGGCAGGUUGGAAUCGAUACCUUUUACAUUUCAUGGGGCGGAAGAACUCAUGCAUACCUCAAUGUGGUAUGCCAAGGCACCAACUAUCAGCAAGUGUGUUGGUUGCAAGACUAUGAUGGUGGAGCCCCCUCUUCAAAAGUUGCAUGGCAAGCAUUUUGUCAAUGCUGGCUCAAGCCUUUUGGACUCCCCGAGAUGGUCAUUUCUGACGGUGGCCCUGAGUUCAAGGAUAUUUUCGAAAGAUCUCUCGAGCGGCUCAACAUUCUGCAGUUGGUGUGUGAUGCCGCGAGCCCGUGGCAGAAUGGUCGAGUUGAGAGACAUGGUGGUUGGGUGAAGGAACGAGCAGAGAUGGAGCUAUCUUCUGGGCAGAGCAUUGUUACUUCCAGUGAGGAGUUGGAUGAGCUUUUAACCUAUGUGGUGACGCACAAAAACAGAUGGUUUUCUCGUGGGGGUUUUUCCCCAUGUCAGCUGGUGUUUGGCAUCAACCCGACACUUCCAGCUGACCUGCUGGGUGACUCUCCACAAGAUCUGGCCUGGCAGGACAUAGAAGCCGAUGCGAUGGAUCAAGAUACAGCAGCUAUGGAGUUCAACAGAAGUCAUCGCAUCAGGCAGCGUGCCAGGGAGCUGUGCGUGCAACAGUCGGCAGCCAACAAAAUUCGUCUCAGCUCUCUUGGCAGGCCUCACCGUCAGCGUCAAUGGGCUCAGGGACAGUGGGUUUAUGUUUGGAGAAAGACCGUUGGCACGGGUCAAGGUCACUUGACAAGGUCACGUUGGGUGGGGCCAGGUCUGGUCAUACUGCAAGCUGGACACACAGUAUAUGUGUCUAUGAGGUCACGGCUCUGGAAGUGUAACUCUGAUCAAUUGAGAGCAGCAACUCACUAUGAAGCUCUUGGGGCCUCUCUGACCGAAGUGGCUGAGCUGAAGGAUCUUCUUCUACAAGGAAGGCAAUCACGUUGUGGAGCAGUAGACGUGGCAUCCGAAGGCUCACCACCUUCAGAAGCAGAAAACAUGCCGGUUCCCAGUUCACCAGACAGAACUGUUCCCAGCGUUUUGGUACCAAGGAUGCCAUCCAUUCCAGAGGAAGAUCUUGAUCGUCAUAGACCAGGCCCAGGAGUAGGACAUGCUUUGAGGCAGGAGGCAGUUUUACCGCUGCCAACUCAAAUGCCUCAGAGAAACACGUCCAGAACAGAGUCAGAAGCAGGCAGACAGUCCAAUCAGUCGCAUGAGGAGCCUUUUGGAGAACCACUCCCUGACAAAAGGAGGAAGACCUCUCUUGACACCAUAGGUGGAGCUAGUAGCGGCUCCUCUGCCUCCCAGGACAGAGUCAAACGCAGAGUGUCAGAGCUUGAGGACUUAGAGAACAAGAGACUGGAACGUGAGGCACUCAAGGAGCUGAAGAGAAUGGACAAAGAAGCAAGAAGAGAGAGCGGCGCACCAGCCACGCCCAUGACCAACGCUCCAGCCACACCCCGAGUCAAUGCCUCAGCAGCACCUUCGACACCAGCAACUCCUAGAAUGGCAUCUCGGCCGGUCACACCUAGAACCCAUAAGGAGAAUCAGAUUGCGGAGGAUACCUGCAGUCCGGGUAUGCCAGAAGGUCUUGAGGAUCAGGAUGGAUCCGAUCUUCUUUCCAGUGAUCCCAGAAUGUCAGAUUUCUGUUUCCUGGGAUUGAAACCUUCAGAAGACAGGAACUCCUUGCUGGCACAGCCUCCAAAGCCCAAGAACAGCGAGUUCGACAUGAGAACCGCUAGUGCUGAAGAGAAGCAGGGCUUUGAGAAGUCCGAUGCUGCUGAAUGGCAGACAAUAUUAGAUAUGGGUGCAGUGAGGAUUUGUUCUCCUGAGGAGUCCAGAAAGCUUCGAAGCACACUAAGGCAUCGUAUCAUCGCCUCCAGGAUGGUGAGAAGAAAGAAGCCCAUGCCAGGCAUUGGGAACUACAAGUACAAGUCUAGAUGGUGCGUUCUGGGUCAUAGCGACCCUGACAGUGGCUCACUUAAGACUUUCAGUCCCAUGCCUUGCACGGAAGCAAUAGCUCUCUUCUUUCAACUUGCUCUAUGCCUUGAUUUGAAGAUGUCUUUUGCGGAUGUGAAGUCAGCGUUUUGCCAGAGCAAUCCUCUCAACAGACCACAAGGUCCUCUUUUUGCCGAGGCAUGCACUGGACUAGGUCUUCCAAAGGAUACCAUAGUGGAGCUCAAUGUGCCAGUGUAUGGAUUGGAUGAUGCUCCGAUCAGCUGGCAUCACACAGUGCUGGAGUUUCUUUUUAGCUUAGGUUUUGAGCGUAGCCUCUUUGAGCCCUGCUGGUUGAUAAAGAGAGUCAAUGGAAGGAUCAUGGCCAUGAUCAUGGUUGAAGUAGAUGACUUCAACAUAGGUGCUGUUCCAGAAUAUCAAGAUGAGCUGCAGAAACUCCUGCAAGAACGUUUUCAAUUUGGAAAAUGGGAGCAUGAUGCAGCAGACUUUGCCGGAAGAACGGUGCGUUUUGAGAAUGACAAAGUGAUCAUGUCCCAAGAGAAGUACAUAGUUGAAAAGGUUCACCAACUGAAGGUUCCUCGUGGCAUGCUCUCCUCCAAGGAUGCGGCACUGAGCUCAGAGAUGUUUGAAGAAUUCCGAUCCAUGCUCUACAGAGUCAGCUGGCUUGCUCAUCAGACUCGUCCAGAAGCAGCAGGCAUUGUGAGCUUGUUGUCAUCGAGACUGCACAGAGCUACGAUUCACGACGUAUGCUGCCUGAACAAACUCAUACAUCACAUCAAGGGCACAGCCAGUCAACCACUGGUCUUGCACAAGUUUGACUUGAACAAGCUUGUACUGAUUGCUGCCUCUGAUGCUGGUGGUGUCUCUAGUGAGCCUAUCAAGGCAGAAGCUGCUCAUGAAGAACUUGAAGAUACGGUUCAAGGUGCUUGGUGGCUUCGGAUCAGAGAAGCUCUAGCCUUCAACCAGGCCCUAGCUGAGGUGGAAUGGAUUCAGCUGAUGAUCAGAGAUGUGUUGCAUGGAGACGUUCACAAAGAAGACUGGAAGAAGUCCAUCCUGCCCUUCAUAACAGUGCUGAGAAGCGAAUGCGAGCUUAAAUCAAGGUUGCAACAAUGCAGUGUGACAGACGCCAAGUCCUUGUUCGAUGCUAUUGCCAAGGAGUCAACCAACUCAAGACAAGACAGAAGAACAGCCAUCGAGAUAGCGAUCAUCCUGGACGCCAUCAGCCAGUAUCCUUUGAGUUGCGAUGCCUCCCAUUUGGGCACCCGGCGCUUGUGCAUUUGCAGCACCGACCUGCUUUUUCCGCCUGAUCUGGGGGCCACGAAGUCCCACCAAAGAAAUGAGGAGGAUGAUACUCGGUCAAUUCUUGAUCCAGGUCGAGAACCAGUACGCUUGGCAGCUGCGGUGAAACGCAAGGUCAUCUCAUCUUCCCCUUCGCCGCAAGUCGCCUCGCUCAGCGGCAAUGGCACGACACAGGUGGAGCAGGGACGUGUCGUCCUUCCCGCAGCCCUGCGAGACCUGAAGCCUCAAGACUUGGCAGUGCUUGUCGUGGCUGGCGGACAGAGACCCCGGAUGUUGGAGAGGUGUUUGCAAGCUUUGUCAAAGGCCUAUGGCUACAACAAGAACAUGGUCAUGGUAUCGCAGGAUGGCGAUGGGACUCAAACAAAAAUCAUGGCGCAGAAGUUUCACGUGGGCUGGAGGCAAGUUGACACAGGCGUGAAGUCGGCGGGGGAAAAGGAGGCGCUGCACUACAAGAUGGCGUUGCAACAUGCCAUCGAAGGUCCCAUUAAGGACAAGAGCGUGUUGAUCAUCUUGGAAGAAGACAUGGUAGUUUCGUUUGACAUCUUGCUGUACUUCGCACAGUUUCAGGAGAUCCUCAAAUGGGACGACAUCUUUUCGGUCAGUGCCUGGAACGAGAACGCCAUCGCUCCCUUCAGCGCCAACGCGCAACGUUUGCUUCGAGUGGAUUCCUUUUCGGGUGCCGCAUGGAUGGUGUCCACCGAAGUCAUGCGCCAGCUGCUUCCAGCCUGGCCGCGGAAUUUCUGGCAGAAACAUCUCAGAAAGGUGACUGCUGGGAAACAGAACAUCAUCCCGGAGCUCCCGCGCGUGCGUCUGGACCGAACGAACCUUCAGAGUGCUUCCAUCUUUGUAAGCGCAGCAAGAGAUUUGAAUCAUGCGGAUUUGGGAGACCUUCGUCGACUUGCUGCAGAGGUCUAUUUGGAACGCCUCAUCACCGAUCUGCAGGAAGCCACUUUGGUGGAAGAGCUGAAAAACCUGCCUUCGCCGAUCAAGAUGAGGGAUUCCACGUUGGAGUUGAACUGGCGUGUUCAUUACCAAAGUUCGCAGCCAGACAACGAUGGGACCUGGAAUUUCCUGGCGCGGUAUCUUCAACUUCCGGAAACUGGACAAGCUCCUUUGUUGGAGGGUGUCAGCAAGAUGGUGUGGGGACGAGGCUUCUUGUUUCUGGUGGCCUCCUCCUCGCGUCUCAUCGUCAAGGCGCGACUGCGGCCUUUGCCUGCGGAACCCGUAGCACCGGAGGUGUGGCGUUUCAAGAAGCGGCACGACCGUUGCUGUUGGCGCCCAAUGGGGAGCUGCUGGCAGCCGACAGGACAGGCCAGUCCUGUAGCGAUUUCUGCACUUCCAAGGGUGGAUUCUGCGCGGCCUCAGACCUCUUGUUUGCCAACAGCUGCGAGGCCAUGCGAACGGUCCUCUUUUGCGAACGUUGUGAGCGCAACAUGGGCUCGGACCAACCUGCCGUGGCCAGUUCCAGAAGCAGCCGAUCCUAUGGCGCAUGUCUGUACAAUGGUGACAUCCUGCACCAUCCCAUCACUUGCGAAGCGGCGCAUCGUGAAACGCGGCGCUUGUGCGUCUGUCGAGAUGUCGCAGGGGAGUUUCGCCUCUCCUGAUGCCCUGGAUGAUGAUGUGAUGAAUGGGAGUGACGUCUCCCCAAUUCGCGACAAUGCAACCGUUCCAAAAGUAUAUGAAAGGCAACUCAUGCCUCUGCCGAAGCUGAAGUGGAUCAGUGGUCCGGUGUCUCGUCACCGGGUCCACACGAUCGUGUGGGAACCAGGAUCCAACACAUCCUUCAGAGCGUGGACUCAGGACUUGAUGUUGUGGAGCAUCUCUUCAGAUGCUGAGCCGCACCAACAGUGCGCCCUGGUCAUCUCACAGCUUGGCGGUGCUGCCCGUGAAGUUGCGAGGACCAUGUCACCAGCCGAGGUGAUGAAUGGAGGAGUUGUGAAUGGACAACACCUGGAUCCUCUUAGCUAUCUCAUCCACGGCCUCAGUAGCCGCUUCGGACCACUCGAUGACGAAGUGCGGUUGCGAAGCGCACAGGAUUUGCUAUCCUUCCGCAGGAGGACGGGCGAGUCAACCGACACGGUGUUGUCAAGGUUUGACAUAGUCAGACAACGUGCCCGUGCCGAUGGCGGGGGAGCCACAGUGAGCACCGAGACGGCAGCGCUCAUUCUGCUGAGAGCUGUUGGUGCCAAUCAUACCCAGUUCCAACAGUUGACACAGCCUUUCGGCUAUAGGUUGCCAUCCACGGAACAGGAAUUCUUGCACAUGACAAGCGCCAUCAGACGGCUUGGACACAUAGUGGAAAGCCAUCGUGACAACAUUGCCUCAACCUUGAGAGGCAAUCAGGGGUCGAAUCAUUACUGGGCAGGUGCGUCCCCCAGUGAUGAGACAGGCCCGAACCAAGAAGAUGGCCAAGAAGCUGACGGUGCCGAUGCAGGUGGAAACUGGUCCUACCUCACGAACAAUGGUGAGUCGGACACAGACAGUGCCACAUCCAGCGACAACAACUCGCUGAUGGACAUCUCAGACCUCAAUGGAAUGUCCUCGUUCCAAGUGGAUGAAUACCUGUUUGGCAGGUACCAACAUGCCAAGAAGAGAUGGCGAAGGUUCACUGGCAAGCCUGUUAGAGCACUUCGACGCGUGCUGCGUCGCAAAGGCAAGGGCAAAGGCAGAGAUGGAGAAGUUCUCAAGUGCAGCAUCUGCCAAUCUCAGUACCACCUCCGUGCAAGAUGCCCACAGAGGAGUGACGCCUCCCAGCCAGCAGCAGCGGCCACAAGUUCCGUUGGCCAGAUCCACCAUACGUCGCAGGCAAACCAAGCGAGCCGUUCGAUGUAUGUGCACUUUGCCGCCUUUCAGGCCCAGCCUGGAAGUGAACAGUCUUGGAGUCGUAUCGGCACUCCAAGAGAAGAUGGUGGAAAUCAGGAGGGACAGCAGCAAAGCCAAGAAGGAGUGUCGACUCCUAAUGCAGCCAAUGCGCGACCCGGUGACAGAACUCCUGAGGUGUAUCACAUGACACCAGACCCUCUGCAGGAGAACGAUCCGUGGCGGACAUGGAUGACAGCUGAACGCCCGCAAGGAUCAGCAAGUAACCCAAUUCAGCCAGCGCCAUCGCACUGGCAAGGUCCAGCUGCAUCGACGCUGGACCCCGGAAUAUCGGUUCCUGCAUGGCACGUGCCGGAUGUGAGAUCCUUUCUGGAAGUCUCAGGACUGUCUACCACCAGACCAAUGGUGGGGAGUGGCACUGAGCAAAUGGUCUUGCCGCCGGUGCCGACAGCAUACACCGCCGCAACUCAGGCCCUGCAGGCAAUGGUUGAACCGGCACUUAGUGGAGGAGCAGUUGCAUCAGAAGCCGCUGGUCUCUUCACUCAGGUCCAUGCUGGGAGACAGGAGCGGCGACGUGAGAGUCGCAGUCACCGUGAACAGCAAGAAGAACAACAAGAGCCCGAACCUCAAGCUGCGCAGACCAGGGAGUCUCGCCCCCGCGGCGAUGGAGGCCUGGAGGUGUACCAAGACACCUGCACAAUCUGCCUGAACCGGUUUGCGGCAGAGGAUCACUGUUGCAGACUGCAGUGUCGACACGUUUUCCACUGUGUCUGCAUGGGUGAGUACCUUCAGCACAACGCACCCAUAGGCGAAGGAGACAUCCGCCUGGUAUGCCCCAACUGCAGGGAAGACACUCAGGUCGAUCGUUCGUGGGUGCAGCCGACCUUCAACCUCCAUGCGCAGCCCACAGUUGAGGAGCAACUGAAUGAAGCCGUCCAGACCCCAGUUCCGUCUGAGGCAAGUGCAGUAUCUGCUGAAGAAUAUGUGACGCCGGACAAUAUCCGGUCGUGCGACGAUGGUCAGUUGGGCCUUCUGGUCGACCCAGGCAGCUAUGGAAAUCUCGCGGGAAGCGGAUGGGUUGAGGAGGUGGAAAAGACCCUCCAAAGCCAAGGAAAGACCGCAUCACGAGAAACCCGCAGUGCACCCCUUCGCGUCGGUGGUGUCGGCAAGGGAAGCCAAAACUGUCGGGAAGACGUGGUCAUUCCGUUGGCCAUCCCAAGAUCCGAUGGGACAGUGAAAGGUGGCACCUAUUCUGCCCCGGUCAUCGAAGGGUCAAAUGCACCAGCCCUAUUGGGCCUGAAGUCCUUGACGCAGCACAGGGCAGUCCUCGACCUGGUGUCCAACCAGCUACACUUGCUGGGGCCAGGAGAGUCCCGCUUCGAACUGGCAGAAGGGACAGAGACCUUUAAUUUGACCCGGGCAGCCACUGGACACCUGCUGUUGCCUUUCCAAGAGUUCUCACGUCUUGCGAGUGGGUCUCAGGGAGUGCGCCAUCUGUUCAGUGAGGAGGGCAUCCACGAGUCAGGGUACAUGACCACUGUCAAGACCGAGCAAUGCAAACAGGAGCCGACCAACACCCCGGAAGAGGCAGACAGAGCGUCAGAGCCUGCUGCAGCAAGUCCGGUCGAGCCCAGCAUUGCAGUUGCAUCCGAUGCACCUGAGGAGAACCAGGAAGGUCAGAGCAGAGAGGCAGAUUCCCAAGCGCCGACGUCACCAGCUGACGAACCAGCCCCGGAGGCAGGAGAGACUGUGACGCCAGUCCCUGCCGCUGAGGCCGAAGAAGCCAAGAGCAGCAGUCCGGAAGUGACAGCUGCAAACGAGGCUGUUCCGCCAGUCUCUGUUGAAGCAACAGCCGAGCCCAAGGCAGAGCCCGCAAGCCGUCACACAGGUGACUUCAAGAAUCUGACCUUGGACGAGAUCGCAGACCGCGAAGGAUACCCCGAAGAAAAGGAGCUGACCAGGGAUCCAAGUGGGGCUCGCUCACGCCGUGGCAGGCGGCGCCGCCGGAAGAGACGCUGUGAAGCAGAAGAGGAAGAAGACCCGGCGGGGUCGCCAGACGAAGAGGGCCGCGGACGAAGACGAAAACGGUCACCUGUCUCGCCAGGUGCCGUUCCAAGGGAGACAAAACGAUGGGCAUCCCAAGGGUCCCAGACUAGCCAUGAGGAAGGGGUCGAAAGAGCGCCAAGCUCAGCAACUGACCAAACGUCAGCAUAUGACACUGACCGUGGAAGUGUGGUGCUUACACCACGUCGUGAAGGGCCAAUUGACAAAUCAUAUGUGGCGUUGCCUUCGGAGAUGAUCACACCCAAGAGUGGAUCAGCAAGCAGCAGUGCACGCCCUGCUGAAGUGGCCAAAGCAUGCGAGUCCGUGGCAGCGCAACUGCCCAAGGAGCGCGGUGCAGGUAAGUCAAGCCCACCGCUGCCGCCUCCACCACGGCGGUUGGUGACGAGGGAAGAUGAUGGCCAAGAGUAUGAGGUGGUGAGAGGGGAGCGACUGCCGCCGCCGCCGCCGCGGCCGAAGCGACUCCUCCAGCCACCACCAGAGCCAAAGAAUCCGCCAACGGCCAAGACUGGAGCUGCAGGCGCUCGACCCUUGCAGCGCGGAACCGAUGCUGAGAUCGCGAAAGCUGAAGCACACCUCACAGAGGUGAUGGCGAACCCAAGUGCGACUCGCACAGCCAAGCGCAAGGCGUUGUUGAGCAUCAGCAACUUCGAUGCUCAUGCAUGUGCAUUUGAAGGAAUGGAUUGCCGAGUCACCCGUGUGAGGUCGCACUCUUCAGCAUGGGAGCAUUCAAGUGUGCAGUCCCUGGUGGAUGUCUGUGGUUUGAAGUUGAGCACCCACAGGUGGUGCACCUUCGGACUUAAGACGACGGGUGGGAACCCCAGUGCCGUCGUCCACCGGUGUGCAAGCACCUUUGAGUGGCAGAGCACGCCCUGCCAAUGCCCUGCAGAUGCUGAACAUGUGCAUGACUUGGCCCUGCGUGAUCCCUGCUGCACUGCCCAGAGACGCCAUACAUAUGAAGCUGAAGCAGCGGCCAAUCUCCUGGAGUCCGCAUGGAUUUGCGAAUCCGUGUCUGGGAAGUCAGCCGACUCAACAGUAUCAAUGGAAGGUACAGUCGUAGGCAGUGACAGCCAGCAGAUAGCAUGUCAAUCCGCGCAUCCAGCGCAACACGUAGAGCACAACGCGACGAGUUCCGACUCGUCAAGAGCUCGAGAUCCCGCACCAGAAUCUUCAGUGUUUAAAAGUUUAACCUUGCCCGCACAGAGCACUGUAAGCAAGACACCACACAAUUUUUGCGCUACGUUUUUCCAAUGCCGUUGCUGCGAACUGCUUGUUCCAAGUGAGACUGCCUGGUGCAACACCUGUGAAGCACCAGUGGAAAAUGAACAAGCUCAUCUGAUCCAAGUCGGAUGCUACCCUACAGAGCAGCGGUUGGCUGCCAAGCAGCGUGCUAAAGAUGGCAUUUUGCCAAAGAGAAAGAAGAAACAAGUCGAACAACAUUUCGACGACUGUGGAGAAGAUCUGACGCCAAUUUGUGACAAGGACCCAAAACUGUCCAUGUUCAUCGACGGAUAUUCAUCCGAUGAAGAAGAUAACAUUGGACACAAAAUCUUAUCAUCCUGGGUUACACACGGUUUCCAGUGUUCGGAAAGUGACCUGCCUCCAUCAACACAUCCAGGCAUGGUCAUUGCGGUCGACUUUGAAGAAGCCUAUCCGAUCUUGAUCAAUCGACCAUAUGGUGUUGAAAUCGUUGAAUUCUGUGGUGGUCAGGGACUGACCACUCAAAUGGCAGUCAAGCGUCAGCUCAGCACAGGCCACAAUUUUGAGCUGUUGACUGGCUGUGAUCUCACAGACACCAGCACCCAGAGGAAAGUGUUAUCGUACCUUUCCAUAGCAAAGCCUUUGGUCAUCGUGAUGGCGCCCAGAUGUGAUCCCUUCGGCCCACUGGGACGCUGGAACCGAGUGAUACAUCCAGAAGGAUGGGACCGCAGCUACCAAGAGUCCGCGCCUCUUGCAGAGUUCUGCGGCCGAGCUGCUCUCCAUCAAAUCAGUGAAGAAAGACAUUUCCUAUGUGAACAACCUCAAUCAUCAACCCUCUUCCAAGAGGAGCCCUGGCCGAGGGUACUGCAACAUGAAGGUACUGUCAAAGUUGUUUUCCACCAGUGCCGUGUUAAGCAGUACAUCAAUGGCCAGCUGUGCAAGAAAGCCACUGAGUUGGUGGCCAGUACACGAACCCUUCUGGAACCUUUUGAGGGCCUAGUCUGUACUGGUGAUCACCCGCAUGCAGUGCUGACCGGUGGUCAAGCAAGCAAGGCGCAGAAGUGGAGUCGCGACAUGUGCGACAGAAUAGCCUUCGGCAUUCAGCAACUAGCCGCAAGCACAAAAGAGCGCCCAGUGCAAGCAAUGCCGUCAGUGGCUGUGGGCGGCGGUGACGAAGCCCAGGAAGAUCCAGAACCUGAGGAGGCCGGCAACGAACCCUGGCGUAAGUGCAAGGGGUGCCGGUGGAGACUGCCAAAAUAUGACCCUCAACACAGCAGAGUUGCAGGUGAAUGCAAACAUCCAGACACUGAACCAGUGACCUUUGAUUGCCCUGCUUGCAAG